UGUCAUCCAGGAACACACCCUGUUGAAGACCCUCCAGAGGAACAUUUGCUCGAAAGCUCAACUACAGGAGAAUGUGUGGAUGCACAAUCAAAUGCUGAAGUAAGAGUAGCAGAAUCAGGUACAGAAGAACCAACUGCCGUUAUUGCAGCAUCAGAACCAAAUACAAGAACAAGUACAGCAGAAGCAAAUUCUCAGGCUACUCAUCCAUCAAAAACACCAAAGAGAAAGAGUGGCAGGGCAUAUAAACCUAAGAAAAAACCUCACCUGUGCGAUGUAGUGGAACAAUCCAAUGAGCAAAUGAGACAGAUGCAGGACUACAUGCAGAAUAAUUCAACUACACCCGAGGCACGAUCUAAAGAAAGAGAAGAAGACCGAGAAUUUUUUCGCCACAUGUUUGGUAUGGUGUCGCAAACUAUGAUGGGCAUGGCCGAAAUGCUACUUCAAGGAGCUGGUCCAGGAUAUCAUCCACCAAACCAGGUAUAUGCUCCUCAAAGUGUCCAGCCAAACUACAGUUUUCUACCCAGUGGCAUGGGUUUUGGUUUUGGUUUUGGUUUUGGUUUUGAUACUCCAUCAGCAAGACCAUCAUCAUCAAGCUCAGUUACAAGUGAUCCAUCAUCAGUUGAAGAAAACGACUAUUUUACCUUAUAG